CGCGCGCACAUGGGCACGGACAUGGGUACAGUCGGGUGCACACACACACACACACACUAACACACUUCUGUAACUGGCGUCAGCGGAAGGUGCACGUGUGAACUGGAAAGAACAGAAGAUCGUUUUUUCUUCUGGACGAAAGAGAGCGAGACAGAAGAAGAGGCGCCUCGCGCGCGGCCGGGCAUGCGCCCCUGAACCCGACACCCGGUGACCCUGUGCGGGGCUGCGCGCGCGCUCUCUCUCUCUGCCUCCCUCCCUGCGCGUAAGGAUGGUUGAUAAGGGGCCCUUACUGACUUCUGCGGUCAUCUUCUACCUGUCCAUCGGGGCUGCGAUCUUCCAAGUGCUGGAGGAGCCGAACUGGAGCAGCGCAAUGAAGCGGUACAGACUGGAGAAGAGCAAGAUCCUAAAAGAUCACCCCUGUCUCACUGAACCAGAUCUCAACAGAAUACUGGAGGUGGUGUCCGAGGCUGCGGGACAGGGAGUCACCAUCACGGGAGACAAACCCUUCAAUAAUUGGAACUGGCCGAACGCUGUCAUAUUUGCUGCUACGGUCAUCACAACCAUCGGUUAUGGCAACAUUGCCCCUAAAACCUCAUCCGGGAGGGUUUUUUGCAUUUUCUACGGACUCUUUGGUGUACCACUCUGUCUGACCUGGAUCAGUGAACUUGGCAAGUUUUUUGGCGGAAGAGCAAAACACCUCGGACAAUCUCUCACUAAACGAGGUGUUUCAUUGAGGAAGGCACAGUUCACCUGCACAGCCAUCUUUGUGAUAUGGGGUGUACUGGUUCAUUUGGUCAUUCCUCCAUUCAUUUUCAUGUCUCAGGAGGGUUGGACCUACAUAGAGGGCUUGUACUUUUCCUUCGUCACCUUGACAACGAUUGGAUUUGGUGAUCUUGUAGCAGGUGUUAAUCCCAAUGCAAACUACCCCACUCUGUAUCGCUACUUUGUGGAGGUAUGGAUAUACCUGGGUUUGGCCUGGCUCUCCCUCUUCUUUAACUGGAAGGUGCGGAUGGUCAUCGAGGCUCACAAAGCUCUGAAGAAGCGGCGGAAACGUCACAAGCUCACGCUGGAUGAGAUCAAGCACUACAAAGAGGCCAACAAGGCCUUGCAGUUACCACCCGCCGGCAGUGACGUCAACAUCUUCAGCUUCCUGUCCAAGAAACGGGAGGGCUACAACGACCUCAUCAAACAGAUCGGUACCAAGAAGGAACGAGAUCAGAAUGCCGGUGCCAUCAGCACCAUAAAGCAGAACGAAUUCCUCCGCUCCCAGAGCUGCAACGAUGCCGUCUGCAUCAACGGAAACGCAAUCGUCAACCUAGAGCAAUCGCCCAGGCAGAAACGCCGCUACAGCUUCAGUGACCGCGUCACGGUGGUCUUCUCCAAGUCCAAAAGCUACCUGCUGGGCUCGGAUGAAGGCCCACUCCUAAAUGAGAUGCAGGUUGAGGGUGAGCUGGAAGCGGACAUGGGGACGAUGUAUGAGAAUCAGUUGGAUAAAGAGGCAGGGGAGGAGCACAGGACCCUCGGGCCCGGGGGCUGCGCUCCUGGACGUCAUGCGUGGGACUCGAAUGAGUAUCAGCCGGUUAUUAUUCAGAAUGCCAACAUCACUUUUAUUGAUGAAGAGAACCUGCUGAACAACAGCCUGGUGGAUGAGGACGAAGAUGACCAGGUCAAGGUCAAGCUCUCGACCUCGGAUGAAAACGGUGAGUCCGAGACCGAUUCCAAGGAGGAGCAGUGCUCAGAAUCGGAGGAGUCCGUGUUCACGGACGGAUCUGAUCGCGGUCAUUCCUACGAGCAGCUGGUGGAGGAGUAUUCCAAGGAAAACAACACGGACACCUGAAGUAAUCAUCCAUCAGUGUGUUUGUUUUAUUUUUUUUUUUUUAAUUAUGGACAUUUUGUGCGAACUUUCAGACAUUUCCGUGUCCAAAUUGAUCAAAGAAACACUUUUUGCAAUCCAUUUCAAAACGUUCGUUGAUGGAGUCAAUGUGAAUUGCAUCUGAAGUCAGUAUUACGCUGAGUAGACGCUGUACAAUAUUAUUAAGCAAAUGUCUUACUCCACAACAGCCCAUGACCGAAAUGACCUGAACGAACUCUAUGGACAGAGCGUCUGAAGCUAGAACUCAAGACUGUGUGUUAGUUCUUUCUUUAAUCUGUGGUCUUAUUUCUAGGUUUGCCUAAAAUAUUCAUUAUAAUUUAUUAAAUUAUGUUUGGGGUGGGAGGGGCUUAAGUGUAAUGAUAAGCCGAAUGAGUUGCAGACUGGUUCAGGGGAGACGAACCCGUCACGUGAUUCCUUUAAGAAUCGCUCCUGAGUCUCACUUUUAUUCACCAUAUUGGUGUUUUUUUUUUGUAUCAACAUAAUGAAGGACAACAGCAUUCUAUUUGCAUUAUGUUUUGAACCGUUUUUAUAGGUUUUGACAUUUUCAUCACAAUUUUCUGGAUGUAAUUGCCAGUCUGAGAGUCACGGCUACACGUGCUUCCUCUGAGGCAUGAUAAGCUUUGUGUCUUUUACAUUUAUAGUUUGGAUUUUUUUUUUUCUUUUAAAGUCUGUCUUAAAUCAAAAUUGAGCUGAAUAUCAGUACAUUACGGUAGGUCUACUGUAGGUCGUUGUAGAUCUUCCUGCUCAGUGAGAUGGCACAAGCUUCAUAUGAGUUCCAGCUGAACUUUGGAACACAUUUACUCCUGGAACGAGGGUUGUGAAAUUUGGCCUCCAUUACAUACGCUGUGCUCGCGUUCCAGGUGAGAAACUUCACGGUCGGUGUGCAGAACAUAAAAAAUGUGUAACGACCAAGAACUACGAUAAUGCACUUCUAUACACCUCAACUCUGAUUUAGGAAAAUCCACACACUUCCUUUACGGUCCCUGACAUUUACAACUUCCCAUUUUAUUUGUGAAUCUGUGUGUAAACGCAGUCAGUCAGUUGCGGCGCCCCCUGUCUGUGGACAGCAUAUUGCACUAGUCUGAUACAGUCUGAGCCAUUAAAGACUGCUCUGUUCCCUCGCUCGUGUAGUAUUCAGAACCAAGUCUCUUCUGAGCACUGUACCAAUCUGGCAGUUACCUUUUUAACAUAUUAUUAUUAUUAUUAUUUUUAUUAUUAAGCUAGCUGGAUUAGAUGGUUCAUAAUUUGAUGAUGGUCCUGGAUUUUUCUGUUGUCAGGCCUGUCUGGAAGUUCAGACGCACUCGGGCUUAUUUUGCGUAAACAAGAUCAAAUCAUGCAUUUUGACGCUUGUUGUUUAUGCUAUUCCAAGUUCUUUUUGUGUAUUUGAGCCAAUGGUUAUUUUUCUGAUCCUUAGAUGGUGUUUUAAUAAUUCCAGAUAAAUCAAUCAAUCUGUACUAGUUCCUCAGGUGUGUUCGAGGAGCUGAACUGCUACUACUAGUCCAGUCUAGUAUAGUAUUGUGUGAAAGUUUUGAGCCCCCCCUCAUUUCUUUACAUUUUGCCUUCAAAGCUCCAGACGUUCAAAUAUUUUGAAUGUAGUGUCGAGGAAUACUUCUCCAGGCCUCCUGAUGGACUUUUCUGUCUCUCAUUUUUUCCCUGUACCUUAGCAGUUUUUUUUUUUUUUUUUCGUUAAGUCACACAGUGUCCAAACAUUUUUUCCUAUUUCUUUAUUCCUGUUAAAUCUUUAUCAUUUCAUUUUAUUAACGUAAAGAAAUGAUGGGUGGCUCAAGACUUUGCACGGUUCCGUGUAUCUUGAUUUUGCAGAGCAUCGUAAAAAGGAUGGCACUUAAGCCAGGUGGUUGUUGUUGUUUUUGUUUUUUCAAAGGUUAUGUGAAGUUUGUUGGCCUAUUAUGUCUUAAAUUAUUGUUUGUUUUUAUUGGUUAGAGCAAAUAUUUACAAUCUCUCGCCUAGACAUGCCUAAAACAAGGACAGACACAGAGGCACGAAUAAACAGUGCAGAAAUAAUGCAGAAUUAUUUUACCUAAACUUUAAUAACUGUCUUCAAUGUCCUCACUCCUAGUUAUUAAUGAUUAAUAUUUCACUUAAGGUAAAAAAAAAAAAGAAAUUAGUUUUUUUUUUAUGUCCUAUUAUAUUAGAAUUAUAACAAGGUGAAGUUAUUAUAUAAUGCAGUAACCACCUGAUUCUCCCUCGUCUGCACUUGCGUCGAGAACGUCAGGGGUGACGUUUUGUAGAAAUGCUAAAAUCUAGGCAAACAAGGCAAAAUAUGGAUAUCCUGCUUGUAAUUCCCUCGACUGGGGAGUGUGUCUCUCACAGGCCUCCUGCGUCACGGUGCAAGGCAGCACCAGUGCGAGGAAAACGGCUUCCUGAGGGUGUUUCCUGUCUUGGAUUAAUUACACAGCGCACAUCCUUGGGUCAGUUUGUCCUAGUGCUGCCUCGUGUUCCAAGAUUCGUUCUGUUCAUUUUUUACUCUAGAUUUGUGUGUGUGUGUGUGUGUGUGUGUGUGUGUGUGUGUGUGUGUGUGUGUGUGUGUGUUAGUACUACACUGGCUCACUACAUAUGCUGCCUUAUUAAUCUGUUCUAAGUGCACUUGCUGCUCUGAUAUUAAUUGAUGUCCAUAUGCCAAAGCCUUUAGUAUUGUUUUGGAUGCGUGUUUGAGCGCAGCGACCUGCUAGUGAACUGCGGUAGCGUUGUUGAUCACUUAUCCACUUGUUUAGGUUAAUUAUCAGUGAUUUUAGCAAUUUUAUUUGAUGCAAUUUUCAAAACACAUUAGUAAAGCUGGAUCGUUUCGUGAAGUGCCUGCAAACAUCCUGGAUAAAAAUCGAAUCUCCCAAGUUCUCACCGAGAUAUUCGUGCGCUCUCGCGUAUGUAAACACUGGGGACCUGCUUGAAUGUAGCCGCCACUUUGUUCAGGCCAUAACCUUGAAGCCUUGUAAUCUGUAUUUACCUUUCCUGCACUCGGAGUGACACAAGUGGCCGUAAACCUUACGCAGGUGAUCGAGGUUAAAUAGUGACCGUUUAAGCACGUCAUCUUUAUGCAAACAGGAAUGUUGGAAAAAUCUCACGUGUCUAUAAUCACAUUUCUAAACUGUCACGUUCUUUUAAAUUGUUACUGUAAAUGGAUGUUCAGUUGAUGAAUGAGUUAUUUCGUGUCUGUUUCGUGAUGUUAUGUGCCGACUCUUUCCAUCGAGCGUCUCUCGGUGCCACAUCGGCUUCUCUGUUUAAAGCUUUGUGUUCAAACUGCAUCCUACUGAUGAUCAGCUGAAAAAUGUUUGUCGAGGACAUUUCUAUCCUGUAAUCCUUUAGGAUCAGGUACUAUAGAAGGUGGACUUGUGUUUCUCUCUCUCUCACACACACACACACACCACAAACUUGACUGAAUGCAGGCGAAAAACGAACCAUUGUUUUUGAGUCUGAGGUACUGCUCUGGUUUUUGAAGGAUUUAAACUCGUGGUAUUUAUCAUUUCCCUGACUUGUAUUAUUCACACUCCAGCAUAUUGUAAAAAGUCUUGUUUUAAAUGUGAUGAUUUAUUUCAAUUUUCUGUUUUCGAGAAAUAAAGAUUUAAGAAUACACUUA